AAAUAAGUUGAGUUUACACAAUGUUUUUUGAAUUAUGAAUUUGAAUUAACUUUAUAACAGAGAAUUAAUUCUAGAUAUCUUAAAUUGAUUAACUCUCUUGAUUUAUUUAGUCAACGCCUAUUGCCAAAGUUGAUGAACCUAAUUUAAAUAGGUAUAUUGUUUUCAAAAAAAAUUAACAAAUAUCCAAGAAACUAAAAAGAGUUCAGCACUUUAAGGAAAGACUUUAGAAAUGCAUGAUGAACAGUAAUUAAGAAUAUGAAAGACUAGAAUAGUUCAGCCAAAAAAGAAUAAAUUAGCCUAGACGACUCAUAUCUAAAACUUUAUCAAUGGGUAUAGACUAGGUACUAAAUAGGAAUAAGAGGCGAAUAAAAGAGACGUUUCUCUUAUCUACUAUGAAUACUGUAUCAUCUCUAAUUAUAACAAAAAAUCAAUCACAAUUUUACUCAUUGUUAUUUGAAUUUCCCAGAUAAAUAGGGCUCUGUGUUUUAAAUAAACAAACCCAUUUAAAUGAAAUGAAUCGCAUGGUAGAAACAUGUAAGAAGAUAGAAAAAUGGAUUCAAAGUUAAUUUUGA